UUAUGAUUCUAAUUUGGGGAACAGUUUGCCCUUUGCUGCAGCAAAUGUUUUUAGUAUGCCGAUAGUGGUAAUUACAGACAAUGAAAACGCAAUCGAAAUAAUAACCCCGACGCUUUCUUCACCGGUUGAUAAUGAAACUAUUAUCAGCGUUUCCUUAAGUAAUGCGGGCUCAGCAGGUCAUUAUGACAGUUUGAUUCAAAGAAACGCAAAUUCUUUGGCACGCUCUGUAACUAAGAAAGAUCGAGGUAGUAAAAAAGGUUGUAGGUGUGGUGUCAACCGAAUAAGAAGUGGAAAAGAAAUCUUAUGCUGUGUAGGUAGAAGAUGCCCAUGUUCUUCAAAAAAUGCUAAAUGUCAACAAUCGUGUGCUUGCCCUUCAAAAAAUUGUAACAAUGGUAAACCAAAAAAGGAAUUAAAUGUGAAAAAAACUAGAAGGAGACUAACAAAAGCCAGCAAGAAACAUGUAACAUCUUUCGAAUAUUUGUCGAACAAUUUGCAAGAAAUUAAUACCAGUAAUACUGGGCCGACGGAUAAAUUCCAAUUUUAUCUUAUUGCCGUGAUAUACAGAUUGCUAAUAAAGAGAAAUAACACGAAGGGUAAAGAAAAGGUAGACGUGAAUAGGGUUUAUGAUAUAUACUGUAAGUGCAUCGACGCAAUUAAUAAAAGAAGAAUGGCAAAUGAUUCGAUUACGAAAAUGAACAUAAAACAAGUAAAACGUGUUGUAACAAAUAUAGACAAAAAUGAAUUUAUACUAUAUUCCAAAGUGUGUAAACGAAAUUCUUAAAAUACAAUUGCCUUUAAACGUUUGAUAUUGUGGUAGACUUUGCCAUUUUCACUAUUAUUGCCUCGUGGACCAUCGUUUACACUAGACAUAUGGCGCGCAUCGCCCCGUGAUGUAUAAAGUUAGCAAAGAAGAUGUGCAGCUGAGAUAGGAGGAUGAACUUUAACAUAUUGAAUUUUGUUUUCAAAAUAUAAAUUAUCCAUACUUUGCAAAUUUCAAAAUACCAUCUUAAGUUAGUACAUGUUCGAAAUGUGUAUUGGGAAAAUUUAAUAUCAUGAUCACUUGUUAUAACACGAGGAUCACUUUCUUUUACAUUAGGCGUAGAUAUAAGCAUAUACGCAUUUUUUAUAAUAGCUUAAUGCUACUAAUAGGCGACUGAUCACUAUAAUUGUUGGGUAACGGUGGUCUCAGUUAUUACACUAUUUUCAUUCAAUGAUUUAAUGACAUACUUUUAUGGUCCCUCGAUUACAUACAUCUGCUCUGUACAUAAUGACCACUUGACAAGUUGCACUCUCCAGAUACACGAAUGUGCGAAUGAUCUACUGAUAUUUGAACUACGAUGUCUUCUACAGAAACAUUCAACAGUUUAGUCCCAUGACAGAGCACAUAAUUAGUCGAAAUUAACAUUUGGAA